GAAAAGAAAGCAUUAGUAUAUUUGCAUUUGCUUCGUUCUCCACCGCCAGCGAGGUGCUCGUGCGGUGUGUAUAUAUAUAUGCACGGGGUUGCAUUGCACCCAGCUGCAGAUGAUAUAUACCUUAAGCCAGCAGAAAAUUAGGUAUAGGCGUAGAGACUAGAGAGCGAGCGAGCUCAGUCCGUGUUCAGUCGAGAGAGCUCGUUUAGCUUGGCCAUCGACGAGCUAGCAGAGCAAUAGCUAGGAUCCAUGGCGAACGCGGGCAUGAAGCCGGUGGCCGGCCUCCUGCUGGUGCUCAACUUGUGCAUGUACGUCAUCGUGGCGGCGGUGGGCGGCUGGGCCAUCAACCACGCCAUCAACUACGGCUUCUUCAUCGGCACCGGCCUGCACCUCCCGGCUCACUUCUCCCCGAUCAACUUCCCCAUCGGGAACGCGGCGACCGGGUUCUUCGUCAUCUUCGCCGUGAUCGCCGGGGUGGUCGGCGCGGGCUCGGCGCUGGCGGGGCUCAACCACGUCCGCGCCUGGAGCACCGAGAGCCUGCCGGCGGCGGCCUCCGCCGGGUUCAUUGCGUGGACGCUCACCCUGCUCGCCAUGGGGUUGGCGGUGAAGGAGAUUGAACUGCACGGCAGGAAUGCCAGACUGAUAUGCAUGGAGUCCUUCACCAUCAUCCUGUCGGCGACGCAGCUCUUCUACCUGCUCGCCAUUCACGGAGGCUUGAGAUAAAAUCGAUCACCGUGUUGGCCGGAGGCACUGAGGCAGUGACUGAUGAAUGGAGACUUGUCGUCGGUUCCGUACGUGUGUGUCUGUCGGAUUGAGUGGGCGUGCAUCGGAUUCACGGGGCAGCGCGUGUACUAUAUAUGUGACUUCAUUCGGUUCGCUGUGUCGUUGUGGGCUGGGCUGUCUUCCAAGAUGCAUGGAGAGGCAGUACGUAUGUACACGUACGUGUAUCUAUCUGUUCGUGUGUGUGCGCCCGCUGCUGCUUGAUUUAUCUUGUGCGUCCGAUUGGUUACGUCAUUCCGUGUCAUUCAUUGAUUGUUUCGGAGAUGGAGAGUCAAUAUGUCUACACGUCAUGAUGACGUGGUGA